AAGCUCACAGAAAGGAUGGUCAGUAGUGGAGGAAGACCUCAGACCGCGGAGCUUUUAAAUUAAACAAUAAAUACCGCCAGAAAGCGAUUUUAUAACAAGUUUUCGUCCAACAACGAGUACUUUUGUACGAUUUAAGCGAACUCGCGAGAGCUAAAGUUGUAGUCUCGUGGGGUUUUUUCCCUCGGCUUUUUCUUUGACGCGCUCUUCAUCAACCGUCUUAAAUGCAACGUUGUUUGAUCUUUGAAAAGACGAUGGCAGCCGAGACGAAGAACGGCGGGAGCUCCCUGAACAACAACAACUGCAAAGACCACAGCAGGAGGAAGCUGCUGGUUGGAGUGGACCUGUUCUGCCUGUUUUUAGCCGGCCUCCCUUUCUUGGUCAUUGAGACCAGCGCUGUUAAACCUUACCGUCGAGGGUUUUACUGCAGUGAUGAAUCCAUCAGAUACCCGGCCAAACACGGAGACACCAUUAGCGACGGUGUGCUCAGCGGCGCCGGCAUUCUAAUCACCAUCCUGUCUAUCAUAAUCGGAGAGAGUUACAGGAUCUACUUCCUGAACGAAGGAUCCAAGUCGUUUGUAGGAAACCCCUACAUUUCUGCCCUCUACAAGCAGGUGGGGGUGUUCAUCUUUGGCUGCGCCAUCAGCCAGUCGUUCACGGACAUCGCCAAGGUGUCUGUGGGUCGCAUGCGUCCUCACUUUCUGGAUGUUUGCAAGCCCGACUUCUCCACCAUCAACUGCUCUCUGGGCUACAUCACGGAGUAUCAGUGUCAGGGUCCAGAGAGCCACGUACAAGAGGCCAGGAAGUCAUUCUUCUCUGGACACGCAUCGUUCUCCAUGUACACCAUGCUGUACCUAGUGUUUUAUCUGCAGUCUCGGUUCACCUGGCACGGAGCUCGCCUACUCCGCCCACUGACCCAGUUCACCCUCAUCAUGAUGUCCUUCUACACCGGCCUGUCUCGAGUGUCCGACCACAAGCACCACCCCACUGAUGUGCUGGCUGGGUUUAUACAGGGAGCAGUGGUGGCAUACUGUGUUGUUUUCUUUGUGUCUGACUUGUUCAAGCCCAAAGGAAGACACUCCAAUCUGGACGGAACGCCGGUGAAGAAAGAGCUGGUUCCUGCAGCGGACUUAAGAGAGCGUAGCAAUCCUCUCAUCAUGGCAUAGAGGAGGCUUCAGUCCGCACACGACUCCGGCCUGCGCCCUUUAGUUUUUUUUUCUUGUUUCAAUCACCGCCCCAGCCGCUCAGACUUUACCCCAUGAAACGAACACGGAAAGGCCGCAGGAAUCUUGACAAAGUCCGAGGAUGAGGAGCAUCUCCACAGGAACACUGAAGCAGGCACGCUUUCGGAAUGCUCUCACCAGACAUUUUGAAUGUUGACAGGAGAUUCAUCCGUCCUUUUCAAUUUUUCCUCAUACAAGUGCCGUUAAAUCUGUCCUGUUGACGAAGGCCGUCUGCGAAUUUGAAAGCUGUAAAGUCCAAAACGGCAGCUGUGAGGGAAGCCGUGUGCAGCAAAACAAAUUCCUCGCUUUCAGGAAGGAUGAUUUCGUUUGGUUGAUUCUCCACAAGUUUGAGUCCAUCUCAGUAUUUGCAACACUUGAACAAUCCGUCGAAGCUCUCGGAAAACGUUUUCCUUUUUUGUUUUUUUUUCGUACACUAGCUGUUCACUUCAAAGGUGCACAUAGAAGUUCCAGAGAAAGGCGUGUGUUUUGGAAGUGGGCCUCGUUCUGCUGGGAAGGAUGAGCCCCCGCUGAGCCAUUUAAUGAAACAACUGUUACGUGAAGCAGGCGUGAGUUUGGCUGACGUGUGUGUGAGGGUGUGUGUGUGUGGUAUUUCAUGUGUUAUAAUAUCACGACUGUAUGUUGGAGUGUUUUAUUGCCCACAACUGUGCCCCUCUGAGAAGAAGCGCCUGCUCUGACAGACAAAGGCGAGUCUGUAUCGAGGGAUUUUUGUGCCAUUAUUUCAAGCGCAACACUCGCUAAAACAAAACAAAAAAUUAGUGUGCUCAAAAGAUUUUGUAGACACUUGAAACUCAAAAGUACGUGCCAAAAAAACAAUUUUCUCUCUUGAAACUCAAAAAUUCUUGCAAAAAUAUCUCCAAAAUCCCAAUUUCUUCUUCUCUCUUCUUUACUGUCCAGUCCAACAAAAAAAUAAAAAAGUACACAAAUACUAUCCAUAUAAAGAAAGUUUAGCCUCAAAUACAAAAGGGGUUUAUACAAAUAAACACCUUGUGUGAGAAGAGUCAUAACAAGAGGCCAGCAGCUCUUAUCUGUUUGCUCAGCUGUUGUACAGGACAAGUAAAAAAAACAAUUUUGCUCAUGAAACCGAAAGACAUCUGCAUCAAAAUAAUUUUCAAAACAAUCAUCUUCGGCAUCACUCAAACUUAAUUUAUUAAAAAAAAGCGGUACACUUCUCACACCAUCUUCCGGCAACUUGAAGCGCUGUAACAUUUAAAAAACUAAACAAAAAAACACACAAUAUGACAAUAAAAACCCAACCCACCCUUCCCACCCCCAAUGAAUACUUAUAAAAGUAACUUCUAAAAGGAAUUGGCUGGAUCAGAUUUGUACACGAUUGGAAGAAUUUCUGACCAAUUGACAUCAACCUUCGUCCGUGUAUGUGAUUGGGUGUUUUUGUGGCACAUUUGUAAUGUGCCCUGCUCUCUUUUGAGCACAGAACAGAGAAUUUCUCUUGAGUAAAAACUUUUAAAAAAGUUUUUUUUGCUCCUAUUUUCAAGUUUCAUGUAUAUUUCUUCUGUUUCAACUGCAAAAAUAUGUUUGAGCACACAAAAUAUUUAAGGUUUUAAACUCAAAACAGUGGGUCUUGCACCUGGAAUAAUGGCACGAAUAUCACUCCAUAGCUCUGGAAACUACAGCAUCACACAUACUGUACAUUUGACAAUUAUCAUCAUCAAAUGAUAGAAUAAUUUGAGUUUUUGAUAAAGUAACGGAAAAAUGAAGAGACUUUGUACCUCAAUCUUCUCAAAUUAUUGCAUUUUCUGGUAGAUGGAAUCUGCACGUAAACAAAAAUAUGUUUAUGAACAUAAUUUUGGUAUUUUUUCAUUUAAUUGUAUACAUGCCUUAUAAACCACUACCUAAAAAUGUUUUUUUGCCCACUUUUCUUUUUUUUUUUUUUACAAAGAGCAUCAAACAUUCACAGUGUGUUGCAUAUUUUUAUUGUUUGUGUGUGUGUGUGUGCUUUUUUACAGAUUCACUCACUAUGAACUGUGUUUUAGACCUGUGUAAAAGUAAAACUCCAAGAGAGGCAGAUUUUGUAUCUAAAUAUUUACUUUUCUUAACAACAGUCUGAUCGCAGACUGCUUUGGUGCAUUAAAAAAAAACAUUUUCUAUUAUUUUUAUAAUGUGAAUUUUUUUGUACAAGUAACUUGCGAUGUAUUAAAGAAAAAAUGUAUUUGAUAAAAAGAAAACAAUAUAAAUG